AUGGCCCCUCGCUGCUUCAUCAUCCGCCACGGCGAAACCGAGUGGUCCCUCAACGGGCGCCACACCGGCACAACAGACCUUCCGCUGACAGCAAACGGCGAGAAACGGAUUAAAGCCACUGGCAAGGCACUCGUUGGCAGCGACCGGCUCAUUGUGCCCAAGAACCUCGUUCACGUAUACGUCUCACCCCGCACCCGUGCGCAACGCACGCUCGAACUCCUCGAGAUCGGCUGCCGCGAGCGGCUUCCCUGGAACGAGAAGCGCAAUCUCGAGGAAGAUGAGCCGAUUCGCACGGAAGCACGCGUGCAGAUUACGGAGGCCGUGCGGGAAUGGGAUUAUGGGGACUACGAGGGGCUGACCAGUGCGCAGAUCCGGUCAAUUCGGGCACAAAAUGGGGAAGGACCAUGGAAUAUUUGGACGGACGGGUGUCCAGGCGGAGAAUCCCCCGACGAUGUCGUCCGACGACUCGACGCCCUGAUCGCCGAGAUCAAGGAGAAAUACCACAAGCCCUGCUUGGAAACCCCAGACAGCGCAAAAGGCGACGUGUUGGUCGUUGCACACGGGCACAUUCUCCGCGCCUUCGCCAUGCGUUGGACCGGCAAGCCACUGACAGAAACAUCGCUAAUUCUUGAAGCCGGUGGCGUAGGCACACUCAGCUACGAGCACCACAAUAUCGAAGAGCCCGCGAUCAUACUGGGAGGCGGAUUCGUGGUGGAGUAA